CCUUCCUUCCUUCCUUUCUGAAUGUACUUCUGAGCAUGUGCAGAGUUCCUUUUUGGAAUGUUGUGGUUCUAGCUUCCACGUCAGAUAGAUUAUCACAUCCUGGGGUGGAUCAUAUUCUCUGCAGUUUCUCUGCUCUUUCUUUCUUUCUAGAAGUCUUGUGUGUAUAGCAACAUCUGAUUUUUAAUUUAGCUGGAACAUAGCCUGCUGUGCAAAGUAUAAGGUGCUUACUUGCUUUGGAGCAACACCCUUUCAAUGGCACAUAUCAGUAUAAAUCAGUAUCUGCAACAGGUGUUAGAAUCUAUUGACAGCAGAGAUGGACUGUUUUGUGCAGAGUUGGUGUCAUUUAAACAUCCUCAUGUUGCAAAUCCUAGACUUCAGCUUUCAUCUCCAGAAGAAAAAUGUCAGCAAGUGCUGGAACCACCCUAUGAUGAAAUGUUUGCUGCCCACUUAAGAUGUACUUACGCAGUUGCCAACCACGAUUUUGUAGAAGCUUACAAGUGCCAGACAGUUAUAGUACAAUCUUUCCUGAGAGCCUUUCAAGCACACAAAGAAGAAAACUGGGCUUUGCCUAUUAUGUAUGCGGUAGCCCUCGAUCUUCGAAUUUUUGCUAAUAGUGCUGACCAGCAGCUGGCAAAGAAAGGCAAAGGCAAAGUUGGCGACAUGUUGGAAAAAGCAGCAGAACUCCUUAUGAGCUGUUUUCGAGUAUGUGCCAGCGACACUCGAGCUGGCAUUGAGGAUUCCAAGAAGUGGGGCAUGUUGUUUCUGGUGAAUCAGCUGUUCAAGAUUUAUUUUAAGAUCAACAAGCUUCAUCUGUGCAAGCCGCUGAUAAGAGCAAUUGAUAGCUCAAAUCUUAAAGAUGAAUACAGUAUGGCACAGAGGGUGACAUACAGAUACUAUGUUGGACGGAAAGCUAUGUUUGACAGUGACUUUAAACAAGCCGAAGAGUAUCUAUCUUUUGCCUUUGAGCACUGCCACCGCUCCAGCCAGAAAAACAAAAGGAUGAUUUUAAUUUAUUUGCUGCCUGUGAAAAUGUUACUGGGCCACAUGCCAAUGAUCCAGCUUUUAAAAAAAUAUGACCUCAUGCAGUUUGCUGAAGUUACAAAGGCUGUGAGUGAAGGGAACCUUCUUUUAUUGAACGAGGCUCUGGCAAAACAUGAGACAUUCUUCAUUCGCUGUGGUAUCUUCCUUAUUCUCGAGAAGCUGAAAAUCAUCACCUACAGGAAUCUCUUCAAGAAAGUGUAUUUGUUACUCAAAACUCACCAGCUGUCUUUAGAUGCCUUUCUGGUUGCCCUGAAAUUCAUGAAAGUUAAUGAUGUUGAUACGGAUGAAGUCCAGUGCAUUCUAGCUAACCUCAUAUAUAUGGGUCACAUCAAAGGCUAUAUAUCGCACCAGCACCAAAAGCUUGUGGUCAGCAAGCAAAACCCGUUUCCUCCGCUGUCUACCGUCUGCUGAAUCUGCUGUGACCUAAAUGGAGAUGUGCUGUCCAUUGACGCAGGUUGCUGUUGGAGCAGGAUAGAACUGGCCAUGAAUUUAGACCAAAUCUGUUGGGAGUACUCAAGAGUAUUUAAGAGACUGCUAUAAUGAAAUGGGGCUUUCCUGCUUAUUCCUCCAACCCGAUGCCACUCUGCACUGUCAUAGGACCUUUUCAAACAGCAGGCAGGCAGAGGCUGCAGCAGGCUAGGGAAAAUGGGAGAAUCUGGCGAGGCUGCCUUGUGGAACUGUGCUGGAUCCAAGCCUUGUAGAAAACUGCAAACUUUUUUAAAAAAUUGUUUUUGUACAGUUGUGUCUUCUUUUGACACCCUUUGGUUAAAUGUUACUGUAGCUGGAACAGUUGAAAAUGUGUUUUGCAACCAUUUGUAUCUGAUAUUGGUUGACUAAAUAGUGAAUAACAGUAAACAUUUAUCUUGUGGUA